AUGGCAAGCUCUGUUAAGACCGCUUCUGUGGAAGGAACAUUGACUCGAGGUGUGCUUCGAGGAGUGUUGAAGAAAACAGGGAACAAUCAACGCCGGUCGGCGACUUUAACAAGCCAAGAAUCUUCUGUUAUGUUCUCAAUGGAAGGAGAAAAGUUAAAACUGACCUCACCAGGUUUAGAAAACUCAUUUAAAAUGAAGCCGGAUACCUUGUUUGAUUCCGAAAGAGUGCGAAGGCUGGCCGAAGACAUUUUGCAUCGUACAUUUCAUGGAAUGAAAUACGAACGAGAAAAAUGCCGACAGUUGUCGUUGAAGGCGAGUGAGGAGUUGAAAGAUAAAGUAAAGCUGGAGCUUGGUUGUGACAGGUUCAAGUUUGUUUCCAUGGUUUAUUUGGGAGCAAAGCUGAAUCAGGGAAUGAGCAUCGCUAGCCGUUGUCUGAUGGAUGAAAGAUUUGAUCGAUGUGCUACGGCCUCGUUUCAAAAUGGCUCUCUGUUUGCUGUGGCUACAAUUUACGGUAUAUAUCUGGAAUAG